GUUCAGAGGUCAGGGGUUGUCUGGGAGAAAGCAAGAUGGCGGCAGGCGGGUGACAUCGACAAGGAUUUGAUAGGCAAUUUGCACUUAGACAUAAUAAGCGUGUACCGCACUUAUAAUACCCCAACCCAUUUUAGAAUUAGUCAAGGACAUUUAUGGCACUGUUGUACGGUUUAUUGUGGCGGCUCUUGCUGUUCCUGCUUCAUAGCAUCAGAGCACUCGUCUCCUGCCUCCGUGUCCGUCUUCGGAACUGGAAGGGGCGGUUGUGGGAGAGAGCGAUGGCCACAUUGCUCCUUCCAAUGUCCAUGGCUGGCUUCCCGGACCACCGGGGGAAGUUAAACCUUGAUGCUCGGCGCACUGCCGGAAAUGGAAACUGUCUUCCUAAUCGCCGACACCGGUGGCUGACUGACGGCAGGUCUCUGGAGAAGUUGCCGAGCCACAUCGGCCUGUUGGUAGUAGAAGAGGAGCCCAGCUACACGGACAUUGCCAACCUGGUUGUCUGGUGUAUGGCUGUCGGUAUAUCCUAUGUCAGCAUCUAUGAUAAUCACGGUAUUUUCAGGAAGAACAACUCCCGUCUACUCGAGGUGAUUUUGAUACAACAGCAGCACCUGCUCGGUACAGAGGGAUCCAAAUAUAAUGUGGAGUUCCUGAGUGAUUGCGCCGACAAACCCCAUAACAACGUGCUGUCGUGCCGACCCACGGUGAAGGUGCUGUCCCCAGAAGAUGGCAAGCAGAGUAUCGUUGAGGCCGCACAGCAACUCUGUCGCUCUGUGGAAAACAAAGAGAGGAGCUCCAAAGACAUCACCGUGUCGAUGCUCGACACAUUGCUCAGAGAGUCAAACAAUAUUCCAGAUCCGGAGCUGGUGGUUAAGUUUGGCCUUGUCGACAGCACUCUGGGCUUCCUCCCUUGGCACAUCAGACUCACGGAAUUCAUCUCCCUGCCGUCGCACAGAAACAUCUCUUAUGAGGACUUCUGGGGCGCCCUGCAGCGUUAUUGCGCAUGCCAGCAGCGCCUGGGCCAGUGACGUGCAGGCUGGCCUCGAUUGAAUCACAAAAGACACGUUCAGGGGGGUUCAUACUGUCAAGACGAGGGAGGCCUGAGUAAGACUGCGACCAUUCAUUUCUCCGUCAUGACUUGAACCCGCUCUGAACAACACGCAGGGCUUCUCCUGGAUCACCGAGACAGUGAACAAAGCCAGGAGUCAGAGAUGAUCGCUCACUUCCUGCCACCAGCUCUUGUACCACAAUAAACUGAAAUUCUAGGACCUCUGCAGCAUGUUCUUUGAGCCAAGGGAAAAUAGCCCUCCGUGACACAUACCAACAUGAUGAGAGGACCGUCUGUCCUCUGUGUGUCUCUCUCAGUCCUGGCAUUCAAUUUCCAGCUGCUGUUUGUCCCUGAGAACUUGACUCCGAAGCAGCAGCAGAAUCUGAAACCGGGCUUUGUGCCGCACUGCUGAAAUUGAGCUUAAAUUUAGAGAGUCCGUCAAUAAAAUUCAAAUCGUAAGAGGAAGUGGCGCGAGGGGACAGAGUGAUUCAUUGUGUCAUUUCAAGAAGCUCAUAUGACUCUGUGUGUUCCCCCUCCAAGUCAUCGUGUCAAAUCAUUUUUACUUAAGGCUCCACCUUGACUGACCAGACGGCUGAAAUAAAGAAAUGCACUGUU